AUGGGGGAGGAGGCGGUCGUGUUGGGUGGCGAUAUCGUAGAUGGGACUGUAGUUUGAUUGGAUGUGUUUGCGACGGGUUCUCAAAAAUAGUUGUUGCAAUUGAUAUAUUUUUUAGCGUUGAUUAUGGGUCCCAAGCGGUUUGCCUUUCAGUGGGUUUUGUUAUGUCUCCCCAUCAUAUCAUAUGGUGGGCCCAGCCUGAAGGUUAUGUAUGCUGUCAAUUGCGGAGGAGAAGCCCACACAGACUCUAACGGGUUUGUGUACAAGCGUGAUCCACUUAUGGGAAAGAUAGGCACAGCAUCAGACUAUGGAAAGCAGCUGGAUAUCCAGCGUGCACCACUGUUGGACAAGCCAUUGUAUCAGACUGAGAGGUACCAUCACAGCACCUUUGGCUAUGAUAUUCCUGUCAUUGAAGAUGGUGAUUAUGUACUCAUUCUGAAGUUCAGUGAAGUCUAUUUUGAUGCUCCAAACAUGAAGGUGUUUGAUGUCGUGCUGAAUGGCGACCAUACGGUGGUGCAAGACUUAGACAUCUACCAGCGAGUGGGGAGGGGAGUGGCACAUGAUGAGGUGGUGCCACUGUCCAUACAGAAUGGGCGCCUCAGCUAUCGUGGUGAUGAGUCUGACAUCCAGGGAGGAAAAAUUCGGAUUGAGUUCAUCAAGGGAUUCCGAGACAACCCGAAGGUGAAUGCCAUUGUUCUGUUGAAAGGAAACCUGGAAGAGGUGCCGCUGCUACCGCCGCUGCCGGACGUCGGCGCUGGUCCGACCGCUGAGGAUGAGCCGCUGGCCGAGGAGCCCACCCCACCAAGGCCAUCCAAGUCGUCCAGCCGGCCCAGCGGCCCGCGCACGCCCGACCCCUACUCCAGCGACGAGUCAUCCACUAUGCUGCCAGUGUUCGUGGCAAUUGGCGCCUUCAUACCCGUCCUGUUCUGCCUGUGCAAACUCUGAGGCGCCGCUCGGUCGCCGCUGUGGCAGUGAGCGGGGCGCGUCCUCACCGUGGCGUGCGUGCUCGGCGCGAGCGCUCCGGGCGCGGUUCGGGGCGGCUCAGCCUGGUUGUGAUGCUUCUCGUGAAGCGUGCCAUUAGCGGGCGCGGGGACGUGCUGCCACGCCCGUCCGGCCCACAAGCAUCGCACGUGUGCUGUGUGAGUAAGAGUGUAUUUUCAAUGAACAGAAAUUAGAAUAGAGUGUAUUGCGCACCGCAGUUCACUUGUCUUCGGAGUUAGUCUGCUGUGUCGUGUCCAUCGUGGGUCAGCGAUUGCCGACUCCCCGACACCCGACAUUCUUGCCAGGAUAAGUGAUUAACCAAACUGUAAGCCGCGCUACGACGUUCAUAUCGACAGCCGGCAACUGCCCACCAACUUAAAUGGCAGCGCGUCAGCGCGGUUCCUUUGGGCAUGCAUGCGAAAAACAUCCAGUUGUUUUGUUGCCAUUUGGCAGGUGUCCAAGCGAGUGUUUUAGUCAUGUGGCUGGGGUUUGUUUGCGUUGGGUUUGUCAGCACUCCACCACUUACUCCAUGUUGUCACGCACAUAGGGGCGGCUGGCUGGCUGGAUGCCAUUGCACAGGAUGCCACCCUGCUUGGGAACGCGUUGUGAGGAGGCAUCGGAUUUCCUGGAAGUGAUAUCCGCACCAGCGCGGGGGCCCGGGCUCCGCGCAGCAACGGUGGACGUUUUUUCAUCAUAUGAUUGGGACUUAAGGGCGCGCUUAGUGCAUGAAAAUUUCAACUCGAUAACUUGUUCAAAUUAUCUAUCGAGAUCCCAGAACUCUACGAGCAAAUAGACCAACUGGGUUAUGUGAAUUGAUGCGGGCUGUUGUUAUCAGGAUUGGGCGUUCCGUUCAGGCCGCCGUUCUUGAUCUCGUAAUUUGUUCGCCGUUGUGAAUUACGAAGUGUUGUUUGUUCCUGAAAUGAAUAAACAAACCCAUCUCCGCGG